GGCAAGCUGGAGGGAGCGUGAACCAAACAUAGUUGCCAGACGAGUUUGUGCCGAGGCACGGCGAGCUCACUCUUGUAGCUCACAUUCAACUCUUUUCGCGCUCCUUCACUUCUUUCCCCCUAUUCCAUUGCCGAAAAAAAAGGUGAAGAAAAGUGUACAAAAAUAUUCAAAACUUCCUGACCCUUGUUUUCUUAGUGGAUUUCGUCAAAAUUGACGAAAAAUUGGUUAUUUUAAGUGUGUUAUACCAGUGAUAGCAGAUUAUUCAGAAGAGGGAAAAAAAAUUAAUUGAAGCAGGUGAAAUCGAGAAAUUUGAUUAAAAGAAGAAGUUAAAAAGAAGUUAGUGCACCUGCCACAGUGAUCUUGUGGCGCCACUCACAUGUUGCAUGCGUGCCGACAAUCCAUCAUGGUCGCGGACGGGGGGCGACUCUGAUUGGUUCUCCGCGGUCACGUGGUAUGCUAAUUGGGCACUGGUGGGCGGGAACCGGUUCUCUUCGUUGAAGGGUGAUUGCAAAAGUGUGUGCGAGAAAGAGAAGGUUAGAGAAAAAAGACUGAAAAGAAAGGAGGAUCAGUUGGUUCGAAAUACCGCGACAUUCUAGCUAUAAAAAAAAAUCCUUCAAAAAAAGAAAAGGGUGUGAGAAACGAUGGACCCUGGUGCAGUGUUGUGCUGUGCAUUUUGUGAAAGUGUAUAGAUUUUUCAGGAGCGAAAUUUUAUUUAAAAAAAAUAAAAAAUAAGCUAAAAGUGAAUUCAAGAAUAAGUGAAAAAAUGAGUUCGUUUCUAAUGAAUCCGGCGGGUGGUUAUCAUCAGCAGCAUCAACAACCAGUGGCCCAUCAUUUGGGACCAGCUUCGGUUGUCGAUCCAAAAUUCCCACCUAGUGAGGAAUACAGUCAGAAUAAUUAUAUUCCUUCGGCGGGCGCCGAUUUCUUUGGCGGUGGUCAUCACUUGAAUCAUCCUCAGUCCCAUCAACUGCAAUAUGGUUAUCAUCAGCAUCAUCAUCAGGCGGCGUCGACGCCCUAUGGUGCGUCUUCGGCAGUGCAAUUGAAUGGUGGUUACGCUGGUUAUGGUGGUUACUAUCCCCAUCAUCCACAUCAUCAAGUGCACGCGGUUCAUCAUCCGAGUUUGCAUCCUCAUCAUCAUGCCGUCGGAGCGCUCGCCAUGCCUCCGGAGGCACAACAACCGCCCCUUACGUGUCCGCCUUCGAUGCACAAUCAACAACAACAACAACAAACGCCAGUGUCCGCAUCGACAGUUUUGGGCAGUACGCCUUUAUCUCCGUCCAUUAUAUCGAAUCAUGUUAGACAAUCGGAAAGUAUUCAACUUCAACAGACGGCGCAACAGCAUGAUGUUAAUGUAUGCAGUCCGGCGGGUUCUGGAUCAUUGCAUAGAGAUAAUUCCCCAGACCUACCGCAGCAGCAACAAUCGAGUCAGCAUCAACAUAUGCAGGGAAGUCAGCAGCAUCAGAAUCAACAUCAUACGGAUGAGGGUUCUGAUCAGGAGGAUGUUGAUGAUGAUCAAAUUAUGGAUGGUUCGCCGGGAAUGAUGGAUGAUGAUGAUGACGAGGAAGAAGGGAGUCGUGUUGUCUAUCCCUGGAUGAAGAAGAUUCACGUUGCUGGAGUCGCAAAUGGAUCCUAUCAGCCAGGAAUGGAACCAAAGCGUCAAAGAACCGCGUACACACGACAUCAAAUACUCGAAUUAGAAAAAGAAUUCCACUACAAUCGCUAUUUAACGAGGCGACGUCGCAUUGAAAUUGCCCACACUCUCGUUCUAUCUGAGCGGCAGAUAAAAAUUUGGUUUCAAAAUCGUCGAAUGAAAUGGAAGAAGGACAAUAAAUUACCGAAUACAAAGAAUGUGAGAAGAAAAAAUACCAGCGGUCAAUCGCAACCAUCAAAAAGUAAAGCAUCAAAUUCAAGGGGUAAAAAUGGAAAUAAUAAUAGUUCGAGAAAAAAUAAUAAUAAUUCACCGUCAAGCGGUAUGGAGAAUAGUUUAGAUGGUAGUAUCGGUCAACUUGAUAUGAACGAUGUUCAUGGUGGUGGUCUUCAACAUCCUCAUGGCCCACAUCCUGGCUUUCAAGGUCACACACAUCCACUGGCCCACCUUCAGGCACAGCUGAGUCAUCAUCACAUAGGUGGAAUGAUGGACGUCGUCGGUUCUGGUGGUUCAAUGGUUCACAUGAAUUCUGGAAGUAUAAGUCCACUUGCGCCGGCAACGAGUCCUCCUGGACUUUCCACUCCGGUACCACCGCCAAUUAUAAAGUCUGAUUAUGGACUCACGGCCCUGUAACAUCGACCCCAUUAUUACGAAAUCGGUCAGCUUAUCGAUAAUUUCCAGCAAGUCGUACUGUGAGUGGUGAGACAACUAUUGUGGUUGUACUGGGAGUGUUAAUAUAACUGUUAAGUGAUGAUACAACAAUUGUGGCUGUACUACUAGUGUUGGUGCAACUAUUAUGGUUUGUACUACUAGUGUUGGUACAACUAUUUUGGUUGUACUACUAGUGUUGGUACAACUAUUGGUCGUACUAGGAGUGUUAAUACAAUUAUUAUGGUUGUUCUAGGAGCGUUGGUGCAAUUACUAUGGCUGUACUACUAGUGCUGGUACAACUAUUAUUGUCCUACUAGGAGAGUUGGUACAAUUAAUAUGGUUGCACCACUAGUAGUAUUAUAACUAUUAUGAUUGUACUACUAGUAGUUAUACAACUAUUAUGGCUGUACUACUAGUAGUGAUACAACAAUUAGUUGUACUAUGAAUAUUGGUACAACUAUUACUAGUGCUAUGAAUGUUGGUACUAUUAUGGCAACAAUUAUGGUUACACUACUAGUAUUAAUACAACUACUAUGAUUGUACCAUGAUUCUUGAUACAACAAUUAGUUGCACUAUGAGUGUUGGUACAACAAUUCUGGUCGCUCCAUUAGUGUUAAUACAACUACUACUAGUACUAUGAGUGUUGGUACCAUUAUGACAACUAUUAUGGUUGCACUACUAGUGUUGACACAACCUUUAGUACUACUAUCACUGUUAAUACAACUAUUUAUUGUUGUACCAUGAAUGUUGAUACAUCUAUUUUUGGUUGUACCAUGAAUAGUGAUACAACUAUUUACGGUUGUACCAUAAAUUUUGAUGCAACUGUUUGUGGUUGUGCCAUUUGUGUUGAUACAUCUAUUUUUGGUUGUACCAUGAAUAGUGAUACAACUAUUUACGGUUGUACCAUAAAUUUUCAUGCAACUAUUUGUGGUUGUACCAUGAAUAGUAAUACAACUAUUUACUGUUGUACCAUAAAUUUUGAUGCAACCAUUUACAGUUGUACCAUGAAUGUUGAUACAACUGUCAGUUUUACUAUGAGUGUCAAUACAACCAUUAGUUGUACCACAACUGUUGAUACAACCAUAAGUUGUACUGUGAAUGUACUAUGAGUUUGGUAUUAAGAAUUUUGUGGUCAUCCCGGCACCGAGUGGUACAACGAAAGUUUUCAUAAAAAAUAAAGCGAGAGACUAUGCCUUCACGAGGUGUUGUUAUCGAAAUAUUUCGCGCACGAUAUUAUAGUGAUUACGAUGACUAUCAAUUGUCGAAUAAUUCCAAUGUUAAUUUUGACUGACAAGAAAGAAAAACUACCUACUGUCAAAUAUUAUCAAGCAUGCAUUCUUUUCUUGUAUACAAAUGAAAAACAAAAUUCAAUUUUUAGUAUUUUGAGAAAGGGAAAAAUUUUAACAAGAUUAUUCUGAGUCAUUUAGGUUUUUAAUUUUUAAAUUUUGGUGCAAUUUUAUCCUAUUUCUGGUAUUAAUUUGAUUGAAUUUGGUAUCAAUUUAAAUCACUAUGGUAUGAGGUUGUUCCAAUUUGGUAUCAACUUUAUCCAAUGUGGUAUCAAUUGGAUACAAUUUGAUUCAAUAUGGUACCAACUAGAUCCAAUGUUGUAAAUUUCAUCUAGUUUGGUAUCCAUGGUACCAAAAAAUUCAAUUUGAUUAAAGAUGGUGCCAACUUGAUCUAAUUUGGUAUAUAUUUGGUGUACAAUUUGAAACAUUGUGGUAACAAUUGGAUUCAAUUUUGGUAUCAAGUUGAUUGACCGAGGUAUAAACUUGUUCCAAUUUGGUUGUACUAACUUGAUCCAAUUGGGUAUAAAUUUAGUACAAUUUGGUAUAAAUCCAAGUUUAAUCCAAUUUGUUAUCCAUUUGAUACAAUUUCAUUCAAUGUGGUACCAACUGGAUCCAAUUUAGUAUAUAAAUUUGUCCCAGUUUAGUAUCCAUUUAAUACAAUUUGAUAUAAAUUUGAUUGAAGGUGGUAUCAACUUGAUCUAAUUUGGUAUUAAUUUAAUUGAAUGUGGUAUCAACUUGAUCUAAUUUGGUAUCAAUUUAAUUGAAUGUGGUAUCAACUUAAUCCAAUUUGGUACACAUUUGAUACAAUUUGAUACAAUGAGGUAUCAAUUUGGUAUAAAUUUCAUAUUUUUUCUGGUAUCAAUUUGAUCGAAUUUGGUAUCAAUUAAAAUAAAUAUGGUAUCAGUUUAAUCUAAUUUAGUAUCAACUUUAUCCAAUUAGGUAUCCAUUUGAUACAAUUUGGUACAAUUUGAUUCGAUUCAGUAUAAAUUUGAUCCAAUUUGGCAUCCAUUUAAUACAAUUUGUCAUCAAUUUGAUUGAAGUUGGUAUAAAUUGGAUCAAAUUUGAUGUAAAUUUGAUUCAAUGUGGUAUCAACUUAACCCAAAUUUGGUAUAUAUUUGGUACAAUUUUAUUCAAUUUAGUAUCAAUUUGGUAUGUAAUGUAAUAUCAUCUUGAUGGAAUUUGGAAUGUAUUUGGUUCAAUUUGAUUCAAGCUGGUAUCAAUUGUAUCCAAUUUGUUUUCAAUUUGAUCCAAUCUGGUGUAAAUAAGAUCCAAUUUUUUAUCCAUACUUGUUUCCGAAAAUCACUAGGCCAUCCAUUACAGAAUAUAAAUUCUAAAUUUUUAUUAUUCAGUUUUCAAAAAUUUUUAAUGUUUUUAAUAAGAAAAUCGUUUGUCUGAUAAUAAUUAACAGUAGACUGUAAAAUUCUAUAUAAAUAGAAAAAUGCAACUUACGUGAGUGAUAUUCAAUCGUAUUUUUAGUGAUGUUACUUCCUUUUUAAUUUACUUAAAAACCAGGAUUGGUAGAUGCUGAUAUUUAUACAAAGAAAAUUAUUUUCCCAGGCACAAAUUUCAAUGAAAAUUAUAAACUUAAAAAUACGAUUUAUAAUUUUAAUCAUAAUGAUUAAAUUCAAGCGAAAGAAGAAAAAAAUUAAACUGAUCAGUUUUAUAAAAAUUGUAUUUUCCUUUUGUAAUAAUAAUAAUACAAACUUAUUAAAUUUUAAACUGUAAAGUAUGAACGAGAUUAGAAUUUCAAAUCAUUUUGAAGUUUAAAUAUCUAAAUUUUGGAUUAUAAAAAAUCUUUAUUAUUAAAACAAAUUUUUUUUCGAAAAAGCACAGCCAAUCCUAUUUCAGAACACAAGAAACAAAUACUACAAAUAGAAAUUUGCCUAACCACCAUUAUACUUGUUCAUUAAUAUUAAUAUUAUUAAUUGAAGAUUCCUGAAUAUUUUGCUCAAAGUGUAAAAUUUAUAUAUUUUUAGUUAAUGGGUCCUUCUUUUUGAAAAAUCAAAUAUAAUUGAUUAUUCACAAAUUUUUCCUUAAAACAAAACAGAAGCCGAAAUAUUAGAAAAAUGUCAAAGUGUUGCAAAAAAAUUAGAAAUUUAAUUCACCUUUAGAAAUUUUAAUUACUUUUAGGUAUUUAACAAUGUACAUAUAAUAUUACAAUAUUAAAAGCGCAAAAUUUACUUAAUUCUGAUUACUUUAGAAAAUUUAAAUUAUUUAUUAAGAAACUGAAUAAAACUGUAACUAUACGAUAAAUUCUAUAUAUGUUUGGAAAAUUUUUUUUGAGAAAAAAGAAGGCAAAACAAUUUCAGGAGGAAUGACCCCCCACCUGUAUAAUGUAAUAAACUCAAGACAACUUGUGAGGAUAAAUUUAGAUUUUUAAAGUAUGUGCCCUGUGACUAUUAUGAACUUAUUUUAUAUGUAUAAUUAUGUAAAUAUAAUUAAGAAUUUGUAAAUAUAUUUGUAAAGAGAUCUUUAAAUCACAUAAAAAUUUUUUGUUUCUGAAAUUAUAUAUAUUCCGAGAAAAAAUAUUUUUUUUUACCUUAAACGGUACUUUCGUCCCGCUUUUUUUUGAUAAAAAUUGUUUAAAUUCAUAACUUAAAAAUAUAUCGUUUCGAACAAAAAUUGUAGACUUAUUUUUUUUGAAGGACAAAUAGUCCUUUGAAACAGAAAAGAAGUCUUUUCUAACAAAUUAUUUUGUUAUUUUUUGGCUGAUUAGAAAAAACUAAAAUAGUCUUCAAAAAUUGAAGAAAAUGAUUUUUUUUCAAAACCAUUAAAAAAGAAGAGGAUUUACUUGAUUUUUUCCUUUUUUUCUUCAAAUGCAGCAAUAAUUAAUAAAUGUUCGAAUUAAUAAACAAUAUUUGAGGACCAUUUUAGGUAAAACAAAAAAAACCAUUGUUAAAAAACUAUAAUGUAUAUAAUCCGAAAAAUAGUUUCUCUAUUUUUAUCGAGUGAAUGUUAUUGCAGAAUGACCAAUACCGUUUAUAUAGGACAGAUAUAGCAUUUUACUAUAAAUCAAGAUAUUAUUAUAAAUAUAUAUAAAAUAAGAGAGUAGAAAUCAAACGAUUUUGCGAUCCACAGAAUCGCUGUGACGAUUAUACCAAAACAAUAUUAAUUAUAUUCUAUAUAAGUAACCCGUGAAUCGAAAAUUUUAAAAAUAUGCAUGUAUACAUCCGCGUUAAAAAGUAUACAUAUAGGAUCAGUAUUCUAAAUCGAUCUUUCUAAUGCGCACGGUUUUAAUUAUUGUAAUUAUAAAUAAUUACCGAAAUUUAAAAGGCAAAACAAAAAAAAAACAAAAAACGCAGAAAAACAUAGAAAUUAUACGAAUUUGUCUCAUAUAGGUGUGAACACUUGUAUUCCCUUGUAAAUGUAUAUAUACCUUGUAUUAUAAU